GGAGCUCCUCUCCUCACCAUCGAUUCAGUUGAGUGCGUAGAGAGAGAAAGAGAGAGAGGGUGAGAGGAGAAGAAACCCUAGGGAAUCGCGAUCGUGCGAUUCGUUUGUUUCUCUAGGAUUAGUGUUAGGGUUAGGGCACGAAGAGAUCUCCAUGGCUCCGAAGAUGAAGAGGAGGGACUUGGAUGAGGCGGACGACGAGUUCUUCGAGUUCUCGCUCUCCUCUCCCGCGACGAAGAUCCGGAGAUUGGACGCGGAGUUUAACGUAGCUCCGAUCGCGGAAAAGGAGGGGGAACCUUUGGAGAUCGAAGAGGCGAUGGGGGAUUCAUCGUUGGAUCUCCCUUUGAUGAACGAGGAGAGAGCUAUUGUGUUGUACAAGCCCAUCGAUUCACACCCACUCCUUGGCCCCAAUCGAUCGAACGUUUCGUUACAAAUAAGCUCCGAUUUGAUCCCCGGUCUUAAGAAUGGGUUUUUCCAGCGAGUAGAGGGCGGAUCUCCGGUUCCGUGGGCGCGCGUUUCCACGGAAUCGGCGGAGGCGGUGGAGAUGGCCGAGAAAGGUUCUUCAAUGGAAGUUGAGGAGGAAGAAGAAGAAGAAGAAGAAGAAGAAGAAGAAGAAGGGAAAGGGAGAGGAGAGGAAAUAAACACCUCAAAUGGUGGGGUUGAAGAUCAGAGGUUACAUCCAACGCAAUGGCAAUGGCAAUGGCAAUGGCAAAACCACUGCAUGGAGGCGCCGCCGCAGCAGCAGCUUCUGCUGAGCACAACCACACCAAUGAUGUGGUCUUGGUGAAUUAAUUGGUGUGGUGCAAGGGGAGCAUGUUUUUGUUUUUGUUUUUUUUUUUUUUUUUUUUUUUUUUUGGGUUGUGUGUUUUGUUGGUACUUUUCCCUACUCCACAGAGGAAUUGGAGGUGUUUGUGGUUCGAUUCCUCUGCUUGGAAAACAGGUUGAAUUACCAGUUCUUUUCUCUUUCUAAACCCACCACGUUUAGAUCUGCUGUUUUUUUUGCUUCUGUUUUUUUUCUCCUAUUGUGAUUAAAUGAACUAUGAAUUUUUCGAAAA